AUGGUUCUGAUAACAGCGGCCUCAGCAGCAGCAGCACGAGCAGUAGCAGCAGGACGACCAGCAGAUGAUUACAUCGCACUAGAAACAAGAGAUGCAUCACCAGCACACUUUUUGUUCAAGAUUGAGUCGUGCUCGUUGCUUCAAAACUGUGGGAUUGAUAAAUACGAAACAAAUGAUUUUGUGGCUGGAGAACACAAGUGGAAACUAAUAAUUUGUCCUAAUGGAGAGGACAAAGCAAAAGAUAGCGACUAUAUUUCUAUAUAUUUGGCUAUGGGGGAUACAAGUUCUAUGCCUGCAAACUGGGAGGUCAAUGCUGUGUUUAGCAUCUUUCUUUACAAUCAAAUUCAUGACAACUACCUUUAUUCAUUAGGAAUAACAAGACGUUUCCUAGGAGUGAAGCCCCAAUGGGGCUUUUCCAAAUUUAUCUCUAAAAAGUUUCUGACUGAUCCAUCGAACGGAUACCUAGUCGAUGACAAUUGUGUGUUUGGUGCUGAGGUUUCUGUUGUUAAAAAGGAAGCUUUCGCAAUUGAAUGUUUGUCUUUGAAGAAUUUUGAAAUUCCUUACAAGCGUGAUUGGAAGAUUCCAAACUUCUCCAAACUCGGAGAGUUUUGGAAAUCUGAAGAAUUCAGUGCUGGAGGCCACAAAUGGGCUGUUAAGCUUUAUCCCAAAGGAACUGGAGACGCAUCUGGCCGCCAUGUCUCUGUCUAUUUGUACUAUUAUGGUUCCAAUACUGAUACUGCGUGGUAUGUCGGUUCCAGCGAUAAUUGGGGAAGGGAUGCAUUCAUGGAGAUUGCGACUAUAACUGAUCCCAAAAAAGGAUUCAUUGUGAAUGACUCUUGUCUUCUAGAAGUGGAGAUCUCUGUGAAAGCUGUUGUGCAAAUCUGCAACGACGGCGACGGAGACUGCAAUGGCAACGGCAACGACGGCUUCAACGGAAUUGGCAUCAUUGUUCUGGCGGUGAUGUCGGUGGUUGGUUCUUCAUCUUCCGAUAAGAUCGAGAAUGAGAGAAAACGUAAUUGGAAGAUUCCAAACUUCUCCAAACUCGGAAAAGUUUGGAAUUCCGAACAAUUUUCUGCCGGAGGCCACAAAUGGAAGAUUAAUCUUUACCCAAAAGGAAAUGGAGAGGCAACCGGUCGUUCUGUCUCCGUAUUUUUGCAGCACCUUGGUUCCGAAAGAGUGAAGGCACCCUUUACUGUAUUUAUCAAAAACCACGAGAAUCCCGGUGGAUACUGCAAAAGAGUCUCCGAUAAUCUAUGGUUUUCAGCUUCGGAUAAUAGUUGGGGAUGGUCUUCAUUCAUCGAGAUUGCGGAAAUUAAUGAUUCUGAAAAAAGAUUCAUUGUCAACGACUCUUGUCUUCUAGAUAUAGAAAUUUCUGUCCAAGCUGUUGCGCAAUAG